AUGGCGCCGGCGGCAGAGCGAGAGGCGGCAGCAACGGGACCGGAGCAGGGCGCCACUUUCUCCCGCAUCGGAACCGUUUUACGUUUUCUGGCGCUCAUCACAUCCUUCCUCGACCUCACGAAGCCGACGGCGUACAGUAUGUUGAAGACAGGCAGCGUUUUCAUUCACUACUCAAGAAUUCUUCCCUGUAAGUCAAGGGACUCCCGCGAGACCACCUCGGAUUUUGGCGAAAUUUUGAAUACCGAGUCCCACAUGCUUAGAAGAAUCUUCUGUGAAGUUGUAGCAGCAUAUGUGAAAUAG